UGGGCUGCGGUGGCGCCUGUCCGUAGCCGGUGGCAGGAGCGGCCGCGGGUGCCAGCGCGGGGACGCGGCCCGACGCUACAGGUGUGCCAAAAUGUCAGAAAGAUCAGAUAUUCUUCAUUUCAAGUUUGACAACUAUGGAGAUUCCAUGUUACAGAAAAUGAACAAACUGAGGGAAGAAAACAAAUUUUGUGAUGUCGUGGUCCAUAUAGAUGAUGUUGAAGUUCACGGGCAUAAAAUUGUCUUUGCUGCUGGCUCUCCUUUUUUAAGAGAUCAGUUCUUACUGAAUGACUCCAGGGAUGUAAAAAUCUCGAUCCUGCAGAGUUCGGAAGUGGGGAGGCAGCUGCUUCUCUCCUGUUACAGUGGCACUCUGGAGUUCCCUGAAAUGGAGCUGGUGAACUACCUGACUGCUGCGAGCUUUCUGCAGAUGAGCCACAUCGUGGAACGGUGCACUCAGGCCCUGUGGAAGUUCAUCAAACCCAAGCAGCCGCUGGAGAGCAAAGAAUGUGAACAGCAAAGCGACUCUUCUGAGCUGAAGGAACAUCAGGGAGACGAUGACUCUCUGCAGCAAGACUCGCCUUGUAUUCAGCCUUCAGAAGACAGCAUGGACAUGGAGGAUAGUGAUAUUCAGAUCAUCAAGGUGGAGUCCAUUGGGGAGGUAACAGAAGUUAGGAACAAGAAGGAUCAGAACCAGUUUAUUUCUUCUGAGCAAACUGCACUGCAUUCCUCAGAGCCUCAACACUUUCUUAUCAACUCCACUGUUGAGAACAGAGCAAGUGAAAUAGAACAAAACCACCUCCACAACUAUGCCCUUUCAUACGCCGGCAGCGAUAACAUCAUUCUGGCCUCUAAAGAUAUGUUUGGGCCUAACAACAGAGGGAUAGACAAAGGCCUCCAGUGGCACCAUCAGUGCCCAAAAUGCACAAGAGUAUUUCGGCAUCUGGAAAACUAUGCUAACCACUUAAAGAUGCAUAAACUAUUUAUGUGUCUGCUCUGUGGCAAGACGUUCACUCAGAAGGGCAAUCUCCACCGGCACAUGAGAGUGCACGCAGGCAUCAAACCAUUCCAAUGUAAGAUCUGUGGGAAAACGUUCUCUCAGAAAUGUUCCCUACAGGACCACCUCAACCUGCACAGUGGGGACAAGCCCCACAAGUGUAACUACUGUGACAUGGUCUUUGCGCAUAAGCCCGUUCUGAGGAAACAUCUGAAACAGCUGCACGGUAAAAAUAGCUUUGACAAUGCCAAUGAAAGAAACGUGCAAGACAUAACAGUGGACUUCGAUUCGUUCACGUGUAGCGCUGCUACAGACAGUAAGGUCUGCCAGCAGGCUGAUGCCAGCCAGGUACUGGAUGCAGGGAAGCUGCCUCAGGCUGUGCUCAGUUUAAGAAAUGAUAGUACCUGCGUCAAUUAAGCAAUUAAAACUCACCCUGUGUAGGGAUCGUGACUGAGAGGAGCAAACCGUUGAGUUGGCUUCUUCCCUAAACUAGUGGUGUACCCCGAAAGGCUACAGAUGGUUGGAUUGCAAAACCUGGCAGGUCUUCAGCCAUCGCUGUUAGUCUUACUUGAUAUUUUCUGUGAAUAGCAAUCCUCCUUCAGGUUUCUGUCUAUGUCUCUACUGUGGAUUAAGGGGUUAAUUGUUUCAUUUCUCUCUGAUUAGGAGACUCUAGACUAACACCUUUUGAAAGACUGUUGCUGUGGGCUGCAAGUAAACCAUCUGCUGUGCAGUUAGAGGCCUCUCUGUGUCUGGGCAGAUGGAGGAAAGCAAAGAGGACAAGUGUGUGAGAUAACCCGGUAUUUUUUUUUAAAAGCACUGGAUAACUGAAAACACUCCAUAUACUUAAGUUUAAACUUACCUCUUUAAAUUACCUUUCUCUGAUCUUACCCCUAGACUCCUGCAGUUCAAAUGAAGUAUUUUUGUGUCACUUUUUUGCCCUUUUUAAACUUAUUUCAAGAAACUUCUGUUGCCAAUCAAUGCUCUCUUAAAAAUUCUCAGGGUUUUUAACCUCAACAUGCAUUAUGAAAAGAUGAAACCCUAAAUGAUUUGGCAGGGUUAGCUGAUCAUUGCACAGAGCUGUUCAAACUGAGGAUAAAUUGCAGCUCUGGAAUGUGAGAGGCUGGUGCCUGGAGUGCAAAUGUGACCUGUUCUUACGCUGGCAUACCUGGGAUUUUUAAAGGGCACUUACCAGUGCACGUACUGAGACAAGCUAAACACUUCAAAGCUAAAAGUUAUCCUCCAUCUUCCAUAAGUUUUGCAUUACACACCACAACAGUUGUUGGGUUUAGAGCAAAGCUGGAGUGGAGAAAUACUGCUUUUUGACACUGUGAAAAGAAUCUUUUUAAAGCUGCAAUGUGUAACAACUCCAUUACCUUUUUUUUUUUUUUUUUUUUUUUUUUUUUACUUUUUCCCCCCCCUUAGUUCUUGUAUGUCUCUCCUUGAUGUCUAAUAAGGGCCACAUGUCACUUAACUUUAAACAAAAAUACCUGCUAUAAGA